CUCCGUCUCUGUCUCUCCCGCAGCGCAUUUCGGAGUGAAUCUAGAUAGAGAGAGUAUAUAGAGAGAGAGAGAGAGAGAGAGAGAGUCGGCGGCCACCUCUUCUCAGCUCAGAUCCAACCUGUCGCGUUCGAUUUCUUCCGUGAAAUCCUCCGAUCCGACGUGGUUUCUACGCCGCAGAUCUAGAUCGAGCUGUGUUUUUGAUUUGUAGAGUGUUGAGUCACAAUGGCGCCGAGCACGAUCCGCAAAGCGAUUGGAACGGUGAAGGACCAGACCAGCAUCGGGAUAGCUAAGGUAGCGAGCAACAUGGCACCGGAGCUGGAGGUGGCGAUCGUGAAGGCCACUAGCCAUGACGACGAGCCGGCGAGCGACAAGCACAUUCGCGAGAUCUUGCACCUCACCUCCUACUCGCGGGGCUAUGUCAGCGCGUGCGUUUCCGCGAUCUCCAAGCGCCUGGGCAAGACUCGGGACUGGAUCGUCGCUCUGAAGACUCUCAUGCUCGUUCACCGCCUUCUUGCCGAUGGCGACCCCUUUUUCCGGCAGGAAUUCACUUACGCGACUCGUAGGGGCACCCGUCUGCUCAACAUGUCUGAUUUUCGCGACGAAGCCCACUCCAAUUCGUGGGACCAUUCGGCAUUUGUGAGAACAUAUGCCCUGUAUCUUGACCACAUGUUGGAGUUCAUGUUGUAUGAAAUGAAGCAAAGUGGUGGUAGUGGCGGUGAUGCUGAGAUUCAGAGAUUUGGGUCGAGGGAGGAGCGAUGGCGGUCGCCGCCAAGCCGGGGUUACGAUUAUGAUUACAAUGAGUUCAGGGACGAGCCGAGGAUGAGGCGAUCGAGGUCCUCCGGGGAUGUGAGGGAUGAGAGAAGGGAAGGGAAUUCUAUGGUUGUGACUCCAUUGAGGGACAUGAAGCCGGAAAGGCUUUUCGGAAAAAUGGGUCAUUUGCAAAGGCUUUUGGAUAGAGUUUUGGCUUGUCGACCCACGGGUAUGGCCAGGAAUAGCAGGAUGGUGCAGGUGGCGAUGUACCCCGUUGUGAAAGAGAGUUUCAAGCUAUAUGCUGAUAUUUGCGAGGUUUUGGCUGUGUUGCUUGAUCGAUUUUUUGAUAUGGAGUAUUCGGAUUGCGUUAAGGCUUUUGAUGCAUAUGCUAGUGCAGCCAAACAAAUUGACGAGCUAGUGGCAUUUUACAAUUGGUGUAAGGAGAUUGGAGUAGCGAGGUCAUCGGAAUACCCAGAAGUGCAGAAGAUCACGAGCAAGCUGUUGGAGACAUUAGAAGAAUUUGUGAGGGAUAGAGCCAAGGCCGCAAAGAGCCCGGAGAGGAAAGUGGAGCAGCCCGUGGCUGAAGAGGAACCUGUGCCUGAUAUGAAUGAGAUUAAGGCUCUGCCAGCGCCAGAAAAUUACACACCUCCACCUCCACCAGAGCCUGAGCCUCCUAAACCUAAACCACAGGUGACGGCAGAUUUGGUGGAUUUGAGGGAUGAGGCCACGACUGCAGAUGAUCAGGGGAAUAGGUUCGCCCUGGCACUGUUUGCUGGACCUGUAGGAAACAAUGGUAAUGGGUCGUGGGAAGCUUUCCCGUCUGAUGGACAGCCUGAAGUAACCUCUGCUUGGCAGACUCCAGCAGCUGAAGCUGGCAAGGCUGAUUGGGAGUUGGCCCUAGUGGAAUCAGCAAGUAAUCUGUCUAAGCAAAAGGCUGCUAUGGGUGGUGGUCUCGACCCUUUAUUAUUAAAUGGAAUGUAUGAUCAGGGAACGGUUAGGCAACAUGUUAGCACUUCCCAACUAAGUGGUGGCAGUGCCAGCAGCGUGGCAUUGCCAGGGCCAGGGAAGACUACAACCCCUGUUUUGGCUCUUCCAGCCCCAGAUGGAACAGUCCAGACAGUUGGGCAUGAUCCUUUUGCUGCGUCUUUGAGCAUUCCACCACCUUCAUAUGUUCAAAUGGCAGAUAUGGAGAAGAAACAGCAUUUGCUUGUGCAGGAACAAGUUGUUUGGCAACAGUAUGCUAGCAGUGGAAUGCAAGGUCAAGCUAGUUUGGCUAGGAUCAACGGGGGUGGAUAUACACCAGGUGUUCAACCAAUGAUGCCUUAUGGAAUGCCACCUGUAAAUGGUGUUGGACUACCACCGGCCGGGUAUUACUACCCUACAACUCUUUGAUAUUUCCACUUAUGUUUUAUACAUUUGUUUCUCCUACUGUUUUGUUUCUUGUGUUUAUUCCUUGUCCAUUGUAUCCUAAUGUUUCCUAUUCCUGCUGUUUGUGAACAACAAUGGGGAUGAGAGGGGUAGAGGGGGAGAAGAAUUGAGCUGAACAGAACAUUACUUAUGGGGGAUAUGGAUGUUCGGUGCUUUGGAAUCCAAUUAUGAUCUCUCUCUUGUUCUGUAUCAUUGAAAAUUUUCUUGGCAUCUUUAUGACUUUUAUGUGAUGCUUUCUUCAAUAUAUGAACAUAGAAAAUGUGUUACUGCCGUGUUUCCUCUUUAA